AUGGCUCCGCCCGCUUUUGUCAAGAUCCCCGAGGGCCUCAAGCCCGCCGGCGUGUCCGGCAGCCAGCUCCUCAAGAUCGAGAGGCAAAAGGCCAGCUUCGACAGCAGGGAGAUGGCCGAGUACAUCCACGGCAAGGACUGGCUCGACAUGCAGGCUCGCCUGCUCGAGAUCCUCGAAAACGACCCCGUCUUUGACAAGUCGUCCGACUUCUACCUCAGCCGCACCGACAAGUUCCGCAGGGCUAUGCUCAAGGACAAGCGCCUCGCCCAGCUCACCCACGAGCACAACUGGGGACAGACCGAGGUCCAGGUCGCCGAAAAGCUCGCCGACCUCCCCGGUCCGUUUGGACUGCACAAGAGCAUGUUCCUCACCACCCUCUACAACCAGGGCGACGACGAGCAGCGAAAGGCCUUCUGGGAGCCCGCAAAGAACUACGAGAUCAUCGGCUGCUACGCCCAGACCGAGCUCGGCCACGGAUCCAACGUCCAGGGCAUCGAGACCACCGCCACCUGGGUCCCCGAGACCCAGGAGUGGGAGGUUAACAGCCCAACGCUCACCUCGAGCAAGUGGUGGAUUGGCGGUCUCGGCCGCACCGCCGACCACGCCGUCGUCAUGGCACAGCUCAUCAUCCACGGCAAGAGCUACGGACCGCACCCGCUCGUCGUCCAGAUCCGCGACGUCAAGACGCGAGAGCCGCUGCCCGGCCGCACCAUCGGCGACAUCGGCCCCAAGGCCGGCUACAACACCACCGACAACGGCUUCCUCCUCUUUGACCACGUCCGCGUGCCCCACUUCAACCUGCUCGCCCGCUUCUCCAAGGUCGAGCCCGAGACUGGCAAGUACCUGCCGCCGCCGAACUCGAAGCUGGCCUACGGCACCCUCACCUGGGUCCGCGCCAACAUCGUCCGCGACGCCUCGAGCGUGCUGAUGCGCGCCGUCACCGUCGCCAUCCGCUACUGCGCCAUCCGCAGGCAGUUUGCCGACAAGGACGCGCCCAAGUUCGACGAGGGGGGACGCCCGCUCGAGACCCAGGUGCUCGACUACACCAUGGUCCAGAUCCGCCUCUUCCCCAUCCUGGCCCAGGCCUUUGCGUUCCACUAUACCUCGCAGUUCAUGUUUGACCUGUACACGCGCAACCAGGCCAACAUCGAGUCUGGCGACCUCUCGCUCCUCGCCGACACCCACGCCUCGAGCUCCGGCCUCAAGUCGCUCACCACGCUCUACGCCUCGGACGCCAUCGAGGUGUGCCGCAAGGCGUGCGGCGGCCACGGCUACAGCAAGAGCUCCGGCCUGCCCGACUUCUUCGCCGACUACCUGCCGCAGGCGACGUGGGAGGGCGACUCGUACAUGCUCUCGCAGCAGUGCACGCGCUACCUGUUCAAGACGAUGCGCGAGCUCAAGAAGGACCCCAGCCGCGUCGACGACAACCUGACAAAGGACUACAUGAUGCGCUACCUCGACAACAGGGGCGAGAAGGCGUCGGUCAAGUUCAGCGGCGACCUCUACGACCCGCUCUUCUUCAUGAAGGCCUUUGGGCAUCGCGCCGCCUACCUGACCGAGCAGGCGCUUCACCUGCGCGACGACGCCAAGCGCUCGUGGAACUCGCUGCUCGUCGAGCUGUACAAGUGCUCGCGCGCCCACUCGCAGUACCUCAUCGUCCGCAACUUUGGCAUGGCCAUCUACAAGGACGAGAAGCUCAACAGCAAGCCGGCGCUGCGCCAGAUUGUGCAGAAGAUCUUCCUCCUCUUCGCCUGCCACACCAUGGAGCAGGAGGGCGCCGACUUCCUCGCCUCGGGCUACAUCGACGGCGCCCAGUUCCACCUGCUCGGCAGCAAGGUGCAGGAGAUCAUGGCCGAGCUGCGUCCCAACGCCAUCGCCCUCGUCGACUCGUUUGCCGUGCCCGACUACCUGCUCAACUCGAGCCUCGGCCGCUCCGACGGCAACGUCUACGAGGCGCUCUUCGACUUUGCCAUCCGCGAGCCCCUCAACUCGGCCAAGUGGAACGUCGACAUCAACGACAUGCAGACGACCGACUUUGACUCGGACCUGCCCCGCUCCAAGCUCUGA